CCUAAUAUUAUUAUAUCUUACUGAAAUUAGUAUAAAGUGGUAAAUAUAUGCCAUAGCUGUUUAAUAUAGUAUUAUACUAGGUACUUUCUUUUAAAGUAUAGUGUGACAUGUUUGUUAUUUUUGUUAUUUUAGCUUUCGUUUCGCACUCACAAGGAUAUUAUCAAGCAUGUUGUAUUGCAGGUUUACAUGGUGUCUGUCGACCUGCAAGACUUUGCGACGCUGUUUUUAAAUUAGUGACGAACUCCUACAUAGAGUAUUGCCUAUCGGACGAAACCGAAAUUUAUAUUUGUUGUCCACACGUACUAACAGCAUUCAAUCAAGAUCCUCUAUAUUUUUCCAAGCAGAACAAUGGACAGAAUAUUACACUGCCUAAAAAAAUGGUUUCCUCUGCGGAACCUAAUGAACAUCCAUUACCAAUCGGUGUACAAGGUAACGUAGUUUUGUCAACUUCCACAGAAGAUUAUAUGAGUUCCACCAUGAAGUACGAUAGGCUGAAAAGUCCUCUACUUGAAGAUACGCCCUUGUCUAAGGAACUGGAUGGAGAUCCAAUUAACACAGUUUUUUCAACAUCCACAGAAAAUCUUAUGAAUUCCACCACGCAGAAUGAUGGGCUGAAAAAUCCCGCGCCUUCACCUAUUACUCUGGAUGAGGAUCCAUCAUCAGUUAGUGUAAAAAUGUGUGAGAAAUAUUACCCAAAAUAUGUGGCGUAUGUAUCUUUUGGCAUAUUGUCUCUUCCGAAACAGUUUCCGCAUAUGGCACUUAUAGGUUUUGGACCAGAAGAUGAUAAAAAAUGGUUAUGUGGAGGUUCGGUGAUUAGCUAUAAUUUUGUCUUAACUGCAGCACAUUGUCUUGCAUCUACUGAAUACGGUGCAGCCAAAUGGGUCCAUCUAGGCGAUUUAGAUCUUUCAACUGAAAAAGACGAUGCAGAACCGCAAGAUUUUAAUAUAACCAGAGCAAUUCCACAUCCAAAUUACGUAUCUUCUACAAGAUAUAACGAUAUUGCUCUGAUUCAAUUGGACCGAAAUAUCCGUAUUACCGCAUAUGUAAACAUAGCUUGUUUACAAACUAUUAAAAAUAUAUAUGACUCGAAAGGCAAUAUGACGGCCGCUGGCUGGGGCAAGGAAGAAUUUGCUGGGGAAGCAAGUAAUUUUUUGCUAUAUGUAAAAUUAAACGAAGUAGCUACAGAGGAAUGCAGAAAUUCAUACAGUGAUGUAGGCAAAUCCGUCUUACCAUAUGGAAUUGAUGGCGACACGAUGAUAUGUGCAGGCGGAGAUAUGGGGAGAGACACGUGUGAAGGAGAUUCAGGUGGACCACUUCAAGUCAAAAAUAGCAAGAAGUACAGUUAUGGUACAGGUUAUAGAAUAGUCGGGAUUACAUCGUUUGGUAAAGCGUGCGGUAUCACUAGAAGUCCGUCAGUAUACACGAGAGUUUCUUAUUAUCUAGACUGGAUUGAAAGAAUUGUGUGGUCUGAGGAGUACCAAAAAGCACAUCCUGAAACCACGCCAGAGUAGUGUCAGUUAUUUUUUUAUUGUGAUGAUGAUAUUAUACUUUAUACUGUAUAUUAAUAAAAAAGUAGAUGAA